UCUCGUAAAGUCAAGUGAGCCAUGACAUAUGAGCUCUUAUUGUGAGCACACAGGACGGUGGCAUCUUUCUAAGGUUUUUUUUAUUUUCCCAGCAAUCAGUACAACCAAGUCAUCGUUAUAAGGCAUCGCCCUCUUUUGCCCACCCCCCCAGCACCAGGUGUGGCCACUAGCCUAUAUGAAGGCCCAAAAUUGUGUGUUCCUUUCUGCUCUGACAAUGGCAUGCCCAUUCGUGCGAGAUGUGGUGGAUGAAGAAGCACUUGUGCUGAGGAGAGCCUUCAGGCGAGAAAGGGUCUUCAGGGACCGGUUGGACCCACUGGCCUUCCCUGACGACCAUCUAUAUGAAAGAUACAGGUUUUCUGCAGAUGGCAUCAGGUAUCUAUGCAGACUACUGGGUCCCAGGAUUAAGCACCGCACUGCACGUAGCCAUGCACUGAGUGUGGAGCAAAUGGUUUGUGUGGCCUUGCGCUUUUUUGCUAGUGGAGCCUUCCUGUACUCAGUGGGGGAUGCAGAACAGCUGAACAAGGCCACAAUUUGCCGCACAAUAAGGAGUGUGUGUCUGGCUAUCAAAGCAUUAGCAGAUGUCUUCAUCUCCUUCCCUGGCCACAGAAGACUCUGUGACAUCAAAGAGAAGUUCUAUAGGAUUGCAGGUUUCCCCAAUGUCAUUGGUGCAGUGGACUGCACACACAUAAGGAUAAAAGCCCCCUCAGGUGCCCAUGAGGCCGAUUUUGUGAAUAGGAAAUCCUUUCACAGCAUUAAUGUUCAGGUGAACAUAACUUUUGAUAUUGUCCAUUGA